AUUUUUCUUCCGGCAAUUAAGCGGGCCAUGUUUCUUCUGUACUAUCAUUCCAAAUCUUCAACACUCAGCCUUGUCUACACCUUGAAUACUCCUCGACGAUCACGCAUUAGCAGUCAUGUCGGAUGGGCAAUCCAAGAAAAGAUCACGAAGCCCAGAUGCUGAACUUGGCAGCGACUCCUCCGAUGACGAUUUUGGACCGGCCUUGCCCUCUUCAGUUCCUCCCAAGAAGAAACGAAGACUUCCAUAUGAAUCGUUGUAUGUGGCUGCAUUGCCCAAGGGUCCGAGAUACUCCAAGUCGUUAAUGCACAAAGACCAGGUCUCUACCGUGACCAUUGCCCCGAGCCCCGCAGACUUUGUCAUCACGACCUCGAUAGAUGGAGUCGUGAAAUUCUGGAAGAAGAUUGCUAGCGGCAUCGAGUUCGCCAAAGAGUAUCGGGCACAUGAAAGCCGCAUCAUCACCUCAAGUAUCAGUGUUGAUGGAUCAUUCUUUGCCACCGCUGGCGACGACGACGACAAGACGAUCAAAAUUUUCGAUGUCAUCACCUUCGAUUUGUUGUCGAUUCUCAACCUUGAAGAAGCACCGACCUGCAUCUGCUGGGUACACCGACGCGGGAAAUCGCCCGUACUUGCAAUAGGCACGGGCAAGCACAUCCAGAUCUACGACGGCCGUGGUGAAUCGCAGACACCCAUGCAUACGCUUUCAUCUCUUCACCGAGCACCUGUCGUGGCUAUGGCUUACAACCCGGCCUUCGACUGUGUGAUAUCGGCAGACUCCAGUGGCAUGAUCGAGUAUUGGCAACCUGGAGACAACUACGAAAAGCCUGACACCGUCUUCAAGAUGAAGUCUACCACCAAUCUAUUCGAUUUCAGAAAGGCCAAGUCUGCCCCAUGCUCUAUCACGAUAUCACCAUCCGGUCAUCAAUUCGCGACAAUAUCAUUUCCGGAUCGGAACAUUCGCGUCUUCGACUUUGCUUCGGGCAGACUCUACCGCUCGUACGAUGAAUCUAUCGAAACGAUCGUGGCCAUGCAACAAGCUGGUACUGCGCUUCAGAAGCUCGAAGAGGUCGAGUUCGGACGGAGACUGGCAGUGGAACGCGAACUCGACGAUCCGGUCAUAAGGUCCCGCGUCAAUGUGGUGUUCGAUGAGUCCGGCCACUUUAUUGCUUAUGGAUCUUUGCUGGGUAUCAAAGUCGUCAACACUCUGACCAACCGUGUGGUCAAGGCAUAUGGCAAGGAUGAACCAUUCCGUGCGCUUAACGUAGCUCUGUAUCAGGGAGCUCCUCAGAAGAAAGAUGUGGUAACGGUGUCAAUGGCCGCUAGCGCAAAUCCACUCUUGGAUGAAGCUGAACAAAGAGAUCCCAUGCUAUUCGCGACAGGGUACGGCAAGGUUCGCUUUUACAUGUUCACGAACGAAGAGGAGGUCGGCAAGUCGACGCGAGAUGUCCAGAACGAGAAACCUCGGAUGCUGGGUGGGAAGAGGAAAGAAGCUAAGCAGGCUCAGACGGGAACUUCGGCGAUUCUUCAUACAAACUACGGCGACGUUCAUAUUAGGCUGUUUCCUGACAAGGCGCCGAAAGCAGUCGAGAACUUUGUCACCCACGCCCGCAACGGCUACUACAACAGCACGAUUUUCCACAGAGUCAUCAGGAAAUUCAUGAUCCAGGGUGGAGAUCCUUUGGGCGAUGGCACAGGUGGUGAGAGCAUAUGGGGUAAAGAGUUCGAGGAUGAGUUCUCCGAUCUGAGGCACGACAAGCCGUACACUGUGAGUAUGGCAAAUGCAGGGCCGAGUACCAAUGGGUCACAGUUCUUUAUCACGACCGAGAAGACGCCGUGGUUGGAUGGCAAGCAUACUAUCUUCGGCCGAGCAUACCAGGGGCUGGAUGUGAUCCAUCAGAUUGAGAAUGUGAAAGUCAAGAAGGAGAAACCUGAGGAUGACAUCAAGAUCAUUAACAUCUCCGUUAGUUAGACAGGUGCCAUUGGUUUUGAAUCUGGUGUCCUCCGGUAUCUCAAUGUCCUCUUAACAAAGGCUUACGGACCAGGGGUGUUCCAGUAGCAUUGUUUGUCAUGUAGGUGGUUCUCAUAUGCGCACUCGACCAUAUAACUUCGGUCUCUGAUAGGUUGAAGGCAGUUGGCGGCACAACAGCAAACAGCAGACUG